AAAAAAAAUCAAAAAAAAAAACCAAACGAUUUUCAAAUUGGUGUAAAUUUAAAACUGCUUCAACAUGAGCGACUUCGUGGAAAUACCAAAAAAACUGUUAAAGCUGCUCAGCUGCGACUUAUGCAAAUCGACUUAUUGUGUAAACAAUCCCGAUCGACAGCCAAAUGAACUGAGCUGUCGGCAUAUCUUUUGCUCCGGCUGCGUGGAUCAACUGGCCGUAAGGUCGGCCAUUGUUUGUCCGGAAUGUGGCGGACAGACACUGCUGCCGGUGUUCAGAAGUUUGAUCGUGCACGAUGGUUUGCUGUUUUUGCUACAGCAGUUGCCGGCGCUUAAGCUGGGCAGGAUCAUGUUGCAACAGCAGAAGGAGCAGCGACUGCAGCUAAAAGAAGACAAUGUAUGCCGUUCGCCCUGGCCCAAAGGGUUAAAUGAAGUCAGCGUGGCACGUUUUAUACAAGGCGACAGCGGCCAUUGUGUGUUCCACGAUAAGCCCAGCUCGAUGUGGUGUCACACCUGCCAGCGGCUGUUGUGUAACAAUUGUCCUCUAGCCGACCACCAUGGUCACGAAUCGUCCCGACAUUUGAAUUCGGACGAACUAAUGCGUCAGAUGGUCAAAAACCAGCUAGAACUGAUUGAAGAAGAAAUCAAGGGUGCCGCGGUCAUAGCAUCGGCGGACUUAACACUGUUGCGUCGUCUCUGCGACGCCUGUGUUUCAACUCAACAGAUACUACAACAUGAAAUGUUGAAUCAUGCGCCAACGCUUCGGCUCUGCCAAAUGCGCGAUUGGUUUCUACGCGCUAGGCUCCAAAUACAGCAGCAUGAAGUCGUCGCGAAUGAGGUAAGUCCGUCUCAAUUGGUGCGCUUGCUCAAAGAGCUGAUCGACCGGAAUGCCGAGUUCCAACAAUUUACGUUGUACAACUAUAACGAGUGUCGUCUGCGUGCGAUCAUCCAAGAGUCGAGUCUACAGCCGAUUGAUUUUGAACAGCUAAAUCGAAGACUGUUGUCGGUGCGCCAGCUACCAGAAAAGAUCUCAAAAGUUACAUCCGACCCGUCACCGACACUGCUUCUAACCAACUACUGCAUCUAUUCAUACUGGUGGAAUAUGCAAUGUCAAGUGCUCAUACGCAAGCCUAAUGAGCAGGAUGGGAUGCAGAAGGAUGGCAAGAAAAAGGAAAAUUUACAGGAGGACAUGAAGCAGAAGAAUAAAGAGCGGAAGAAUAAGGAGCAGAACGAUAAAGAGCAGACGGAUGCAGGACAAAAGAAUAAACAGCAGAAGAAAAAGGAACAGCAGAGUAACGUGCAGAAUGACAUGAAACAGGAUAACAAGCAGAAGAACCAGGAAAUGGUAAAACCCAUUUUACCGCACUGCCAGUUCAAUUGCAAUGACUUCUGCACGCUAUGGGAGGAAACCAGCAACAGCAGCAAUAACAGUCCAUCCAACCAAGGCAACGACGGAAAGCAUCCAAUAAGACAACUGUUUGACAACAAAAAAAACAAUCGGCCACAAAUGUUGAUUGCGACUCAGCCACGGCCAGCAACUUCUAAAAGUUAUGAGCCAGACCAUAAUGACAAGGUACAGGUGUCUGCAGAGUUGCAUCCAUCUCCGAUCAAACAACAGCAGCAGAUCAUGCAAAUCCAGAAGCCGCAACCGAUCAUGCUAACCGACAAGCAGCAGCAACCGAUAGUACUAACUCAGCAGAAGCAGCCGAUAAAGCUUAUCCAGAAGCAGCAGCCGAUCAUGCAAACCCAGCAGCAUCAAUCAAGCAUUCAAGCUAUGCAGGAGCGAUCGAUCAAGCCCAAUAGCUUUGACUACAACAUGGCCAGUACAUCUGCUGCGGCAGCAGCAGCUGCAGCUGCGGCAACCGCUGCCCAAGCAGUCAUCGUUCCGAAUCUUCCCAUUUAUCCGAUGUCCCCAAUGCAACUCAAUUAUUCCCCCUCACCUGUUUCCUAUCCCGUUUACUUUCUGGAUAUGGAAAUAGCAGGCAAUCGAAUAGGCCGCAUUAUUAUUGAAGUAUACGACGAUGUUGCCCCGCGAAUGGCAGAAAACUUUCGUUUGCUCAUCCUGCACGGACGCGGCUUUGGCUUUAAGGGCUGCAGUGUAUUUCAGACCUGGAACAAUGAUAGCAUCGUCACGGGCGACUUUGAGCUGCAGAAUGGUCGUGGCGGCUUUUCUGCACUUGAGGAUCGUUUCUUUAUGCCAGAUAAGACCGGAUUGAUAGCCCAACGAGGCACAGUGGGCAUGCGUCGUGGCCACAAACGUUAUGACAACAACGGAUUCGUAGGCAGCCAGUUUCGCUUGGUGCUUAAUGAUACGCGCUCCUACACGGCUAUAUUUGGCUUCAUUGUGGAUGGUAUUAACUUGCUGGACAGGAUUGCAGGCCUAGGCGAUACAAAUGGAAACCCUAUGGUGAGCAUAUCGAUCAUGAAUUGUGGCAAGUAUCGACGCGGCAAUCUCUAAGCAGAAUGGGCCAAAGAGCUCAUUUAUCUCGGCAGCUAACGACACAUACCUAGUGUAACAUAUGUAUGUAUGUCAACGUGGUAAGCCAUACAACACUUUUUAAAAAUAUAUUUCAGA